AUGUCCUAUCUUCGACUUGGGCGGCGCGUGCGCAUACAGUGGGAGAGGGGUGGCACCUGGCAGGAUCGGAUCUUGCUGUGCGAGUGCCAGAGUUCAGAGUGCGAAGCCGAACUAGAGUUGACCCCCAGCGAGGAGGAGAUCCUCGGCCGCCGCGUGUGGUAUGCGCUCACACCGGACCUGGACGUAUACCCCCAUAUCUUGUCGGAGACGCAGCUCGUCGGCUUCGUGGCUCUGACGAACGACGGGCCGCCGAUCUCGGAGACGGGGUUUGGGAAACGGUGGAGGGCAGCGAGUGCGGCAUACGGCGCCGACUGGGAGCCGACCGCGCUCGAAGUCUGCGAGGCGUUGGAUGCGGUGAGGCCAGGGUGUCUGUCGCCGCAAGGCGACGAGAAGCCAUCCAGGCGUUUGAGGGGGAAGGUGUCUUCGAAGUCGACUCCAGCGGCAGCGGCGGCAACUAACGUAGUGGAGGGGCUCUACCCAGGUUUGCUGGCUGGGACAGGUGCACUGCCCGACGUCGGCGGACUCAGCUGGUAUGACCUGUCGGCGGAUGACGCCACUCAGCUUCGCCAGGCGGUGAGAUCUAGAGACUUCGACGGCUACCUGAUUGUGGACAAAGUCGGCAUCGCGACCAAGGGGACCGAGUGUCUGCUGGUCAAGGCCGUGGACCCCUCCGCUCCAGGCCCCGAGCUCGAAUCGGACGCGCGGGUGCUGGACAUCAAGUCGCGGCCGGACGGCAGUCGGCAUCGACAUUUCACGGAGACUGCGCGCCAGGUCACCACCACGGAGUGGCCCGAGUGGCCCAUCCUGGGUCCAAGGACGGCGUCCUGGUGCCUGGAGUUUCUGGCGCGCCAGGACCAGCACCCGCGUGCGCGGCGCGCCAAGUGGGUGCAUGAGUGCCGGCCGGAGGCCACGGACGAGGGCGUCGGGGGCCAUGACCUCCCGAUGCGGAUGGCGGAGUUGGGCCUCAGCUUCGACCAGCUGAACCUCGGGGGGGAGCUGGCCUCUUUCGAGCUCUUGAUGAGGAAGGCCCAGAUGGCCGAGUGGCGCCAUCGUGAUCGACUCGCGGCUGUCCAAGGCGACGACCUGAUGGAGGAGAGCUACCUCCAUCUCGGCACGGGAGAGACGCGCGGCUUGGUGAUGGUGGCGCUGGCUCUGGUCGACCACAUUAAUCAGGAGAUGCAUCGCGAGGCGCAGAUCCUCAAGGGGCGCCGCAAGGCCAAGGGGGAGAGUUUGCUCUCGUGCGGCGGGGGCGGUGGAGGCAUCGCGGGCUCUAGGGGGUCCAAGGCGGAGUUGCGCAAGAAGAUCCAGCAACAGGCCGCCGAGUUGAAGAAGCUCCAAGACAGAGGGCCAGUGACCCAGCCACCUGGGCUCGCGCCCCGCGAGCUGCUGCCCCUGAGCGGCUUCGCGGCGGCGCGAGGUGCCGACGGCCCCGCUGGGCUGUCGAGCUCGGCGCGCUCGAGAGUGCGCCGCCGCCUGCGCGUCGCGAACUGGAUCGCCGACGCGGUCGAGAGCUUGAGCGCCCUGUGCGGUCGCGGUGGCGCCCGAGAUCACUUUUCUGUUUCAGCUGGGCAGCGACGCAGCCUGGAAUUCAUGCAAUCUAUCAUCAAGCAGGCAGGCCCGCCUCCUUGCUCACCCGCGGCAGCCCAUGCGGAGCUGUGCGGCCACCGGUCGGGCUGCGACACCGAGCCCGAGCUUCCAGCCCAGUGCCAGAGGGAGAUUCUUUCCCUGCCGGGGCCAGGCGCGCGCUGCGAUCCCAGCGACGACUUGUGCGGCUUUGUGCGAUCCCACGAUCAGUGGGCGCAUUGGGGGAGACAUUUGUUGCGCCGAACGCCUGCGCCAGACUACGACAUCAAGCUGCGCAACGAUCGCAACCUCAUGGCGGACAGGCGGUGCUAUGCACAGUUCGUCCUGGACCUGUAUACCUCCGGCGUCAUCAGAGUCGGGGCUAAGCGCAGCGCCACGGUGGGUGCGUUCUGCGUUUGGAAGAGCGGACGGCAGCGCCUCGGGCUCCUCUUCGACACGCUUCGAGCUAAUGCACGCUUUCACGAUCCCGAUCAUUCUCAGCUGCCCAGUGCAGCAGCUUGGGCCGCGCUGCGCACAGAGCCGACUUCUUCUCUGAACAGGGCCCAGGCUGACGUGGACAGAGCUUUCUACCGAGUGAAGCUCCCUGACAAGAUGGACGAACAUUUCUCGUUGCCCAGUGUGCAUCUGGGUACGCUCCGACAGCUGGCUGACGAGGCGGGGAUCGACAUGGGCUUGCCCGAGGCCCGCUUCGGCUUGCCACUCCUGCAGGUGCUGCCGAUGGGGUGGUCGUGGAGCCUCUACUUCUGUCAGAGGCUGCUGGGGGCCGCCGUGCUGCGGUCAGGGAUUGAUACCGGUCCGCUGAUCAAGGAGGUCGGCCUGAAGUGCAAGGGCGUGAUGGAGCUGGAUGACCUGCAGACCUUCACGGGCAUCACCUUCGAGAGGCGCAGUGCCCGCAUCGGGAUCAGUGCGGCUCGGAUGUGGAGAGUUCGCCUCGCGCUGCUGUUCGUGGCAGACCGCCGCUCAGCGACUCGGGGCGAGAUCUCCAGCUUGCUCGGGCACUUCGCUGUGGCCGCCUUGCUGAGGCGGCCUCUCCUUAGUAUUUUUCAACAGACUUACGUUUUCGCCCGGGUUGCUGGGCGCCGCCGGCUGCGGCUGUGGAGCCGCGUGGAGCUCGAGCUGCGGCAGGCGGCUGCGCCGCUGGUCUUCGCCUUCACCAACUCGAAGGAGCCCGGCGGCACCUUCGUCUGCGCCUCUGACGCCUCCAGGGGCCAAGCUGGCUCGGGAGGCGGCUGCGGCGUGGUGGGCCAGACAUGGGCCACCGAGCUCGUGGGGCACACCGCGGCGUCGGCCGAGUCGUGGCGAUGUUCAGUGCUGGGCGCCAUCGGAGCCAGGGAGUGCGCGCCGGGCUUCGACCCGGUCGAGGGGGCCAAGGUCGGCCGGCACUGGGCGCGCGCUGGCCCCACCAGCUUCGAGGGCGUCGGACGGGCCGCGAUCAGAGACUUCAGUGACUGGGGGGUCCUCUUCCAUGGCGAGUUCCAGCGCGAUGAGGACAUCGCAGUCCUGGGCGCAGUGGGCGCGGCCAUCGGCAUCAUUCUGGUCGACAACCUCGGGCUCGCCCUCGCGGUUGGGAAAGGGCGAUCUCCCUCCAUCACUCUCAAUCACGUCUUUCAGCAGCUGUGCGGUAUUUCUAUUGUCACCGACACCGCCUUCAUUCUCAGAUGGAUCCCGCUGACAAGCCCUCUAGGCUCAGGCUUCAUUGCGCGCGGGGCGCCCGCGCUGACCCCCGGCAUGCUGCGUGCCUCGGAGGUGCGGACGGCCCCGGCGCCGCAGCCCGCCGGCCCCAGCAGUCCUGGCGCGGCUGGGCUCGGGGGCGCGCUCCAUGGCGACCCCUGCCCGCUCGGUGGGCUCGCGGGCCUCUUGAGCGGGCCGGGCGGUGGCGGCGCGGACUCCGACAGCUCCUCGACUUCGAGUUCCGAAUUCCUCAGCGACGGGCAGUCCGAGGCCGCCACCAGCGACGGCCGAGGCGCUCCGCCUGGCCAGGGCGAAGGCUCGCCACCCGGGCCGCGGGGCUCGCGGUCCUGCAGAGCCGGAAGGUCGGCAGCUAGCGCAUCGACGGUCUACUUCCAGAAGGAGUACCUGGACUUCGUGAGUUGGGCCCGUUCGAGGGGGCUGUCGACGCUCGGGGGGGACAAGGCCUUCGCGGCGCUGAAGCACUACAACCCGGGGUUGGGGCUGAGCUCGGCGGCGGCGCUGGAGCGGGCCACUGCUGGGCUUCGGGGCUUUCGCAAGCUCGCGAGGGGCUCGACCCGGGCCCCCGUGGCGUGGGAGCUGCUGUUCGCGGCCGUGGGCAUCGCUCUGCACCGAGGUUGGCGCAGCUUCGCCAUCGCCCUGGCCCUCAGCUCGGACGCGAUGAGUCGGCUGCCGAGCGAGCUCGUGGCGAUGACGCGCGCGAGGUUGGUCGCGCCCGCGCCUCGAUCGGUCCGUACUGCGUGGAGCCUCCUGCUGUGCCCAGAGGAGCUCAACAAGGUCAGCAAGACCCUGGGCUGUGACGAGGGCGUCGUUUUUUCGGACGAGAUGCCCUCCGCGCUCGGGCCCGAGCUUGCCAGGCUGGCGCGUGCGCGCACGGACCGCCAGCCGCUCUGGGACUUCGACACGACGGCCUUCAACUCCAAGUUCAGGGCGGUGUUCGACCAUCUGGGCCACCAGGACUGCCACCCGUGCCAAGUGCGCCACGGUGGGGCCUCGCUUCGCGCGGCGGUGCUGGGCGAGAAGCUGGCCGACAUCCAGGCCAUUCUGAGGCACCAGUCGGACAACUCGACGAAGAGGUACGCCCGGCACGUCAGGUACUUCGUGGAGGUAGGCAAGCUGAGCCCCGAGGUCAUUCAGUUCGGGCGGGAGCACCAGGUGUACCUGGACCUCUUCAGUGGCACUGGCAAGGUCGCGAGCUGGCUGGAGCGGAAGUCGGGCUACGCGGUCCUGCGCAUCGACGUGGCCGCCCACCCCGCUUUCGACCUCUCGCGGCGCGCUGGCUGA